UCGAGGCCCGCUUCCCGUGCUCGUCUUUUUCUCCGACCCGAACGCGCGGCUGGAAAGCCGAGGCGGGGUCAUGGGGUCAGAGGGAAAAGGUCGUGGGUAUCUUAGCAACGGAAUAAGCGCAGCCGGCAAACAGACCGAGUGCACUGUGGCAGCGUGAGACGGCAGCUGUGCCGAAGCCAUGAGAAGGGUCUUCUAACAUCCCGCCUCCCUCUCCCGGGGCAGCAGAAAGUGAGGUGCCCGAGCCCAGCCGCUGACGGCAGGGGGUCUGUCGCCAGGCUCAACGGUGGCGGUGGAGGGAACAAGCGGCCGAUCCGCCGAGUGGCCUGGAUCUGUGUGUCUCGGAUCGGGGAGCUGACGAGCAAUAUAGUUCACUGAAGAUCUAAAGAUCUCAAGAGGAAUAUCUCCUGAAGAAAGAAACAAUGGCAACUGAAGCCAUAAAACAGCAUCAGAUGGAAGCCACAAAUGUUGAGACUAUUAACAGAACCACAAUUGAUUAUGAUCUAACCAUGCAAAGGGUGGGAGCCAAAGCAGAUGCUUUGCAAGUCUUGGAGCCAUUUAGAAGAAAGCUUGCAUCAAUUGAAGCAGAAAGGAUUAUUUCAGUAAUUGAAAAGACCAUUGAGAACUUGGAAAGAGCUACUUUGCUUCCCCACAUAGCCUACAACCUCAACAGAUUCGGUGUUGCUAUUGGUUUAGAAUUAACAUGUGCCUUAAGGGAGCACGUUAGACUAGAACAACACCUGCAUUUUGCUAUUAGUAAAUUGAACGAGGAAGAGUCUUCUGAAGAGAAAAAUCAAAAGCACAAAGUAAAAUCCAAAGCAGAGAGAAUAAAUGAUGUCAAACUCCUUCGACAUGCCCUUGGUAGCUCAGUUAAAAACAUCCUCCGGCUCUUUCAGGGAAAUCCUUCAGCAUGUCAAAUAAUCCAAAUGGAAUGUAAAGCUCGGAAACCUCCCUGUGUAGGUCUCAUUCUGGCAUUAAUGAAGCUGAAAGAUUUUGUAUUUGGGAGACUUCUGAUAUCACCCAUGGAAGAUAAAGAAAAGUCUCAGUUUGUGGAAAACAUCAUAUUGCAAGAUAGGCAAAACACAGAAAUUAUUGCCAGUUUGGAGGCAGAACUGGCAGCAGCCAUCCAAGAUAAAGAAAAUGAGAUGUUGAAGAAGAACGAGAUAAUUCGAAAACUCAAAAACAACCUGCUUCAACUUGAACUAUUCUCAGAAGAUUACAUUCGUCAAAUUAAGCAAGAUGCGGAAAAGCAGCAGCAAGCUGACCAGAAGGAUUCAGAGGGGAGAGUAGUCAAGUUACAGGAAGAAAUCUCUCAGCUCCGAACCCAACUGAACAACUUGAUAACAGAACAUAGAUCAUCUGAGCAAGCAUUAAGAAGGCGCAAGUUCAAAACCGAAACAGAGAUUGAAAACUGGAUCCAGAAAUAUGAUGCUGACAUACAAGAAAAACAGGAUGAAUAUGAACAGUUCGUUAAAAUCCACAAAGAUGAAGGUGUUCUGCUCUUUGAGUUGGAACAUAAGAUUGAAUUGCUUGAAUCGGAAUAUAUUCAGGUUGUAGAAGACAGAAAGAGAAGGGCAGAGGAGAAGAGGGCCAAAGAGGAGCAAAUAUACCUCAUGGGAAAAGCAGCUGUGACCAUCCAGGCAUUCUGGAAAGGUUACAAAGUCCGCCAAUUGAUGAAAUCAUUCAAGAAGAAGAAGAAAAAGGGAAAAGGAAAAAGGAAAUAAAAAGAAGAGGAUCUGAGGGCAGAUUGAAGAAUAAUCAUUGUAACAUCCAUCUUCCCAAGAUGUACUGCAAAUCAUUGAAAUGUUUUCUUCAUUAAUACUGUUUGCACAAACAACAUCUUGUAUCUUACAAAAAUGAAAAUAAACCUUUAACUUUG